AUGGAGUACCUACCUAGUCUUCAACAGGAGUUCGAUGAGAACAAGCCAUCCCUCUUCGAACUCCUCGCUGAACAGCAGCUAUCUGAUCUUCUCCCACCUUCCAUCCGCUACCUCCUCGCGGUCGCAACACAUCGCCACCCGCGGUACCUCCUCCGGAUCCUCAACUCCUACGACGAGGUCUACGCCCUUCUCUCCCUAGUCGUCGAGCGAUACUACCUCCGCACAUUUGGCGGAUCAUUCACCGAAAACUUCUACUCCCUCAAGCGCGAGCGUGUGCUCCGCACGAAGAAUGGCGAGAUCCCACGCGCCCAGGUUGGCGCGGGCGGCCCCGUGCGCGACGCCCUCAAGCUGCGCUCCGCAGACGUGUGGAAGAACCUGCUCGUCAUGGUCGGUAUCCCUUACUUGAAGCGCAAGCUUGAUGAGGGAUACGACAUCCAUGCGGCGCCGCAGGCGUCUUUGGUGAUGGGCGGCGGGCCGCGAUACAACCCCAGCGAUGAUCUCCCACACAACCCAACCAUCCGCCAGCGCAUCUUCCACUAUUACAAGUGGUUCUUGCGCAAUGUAUACCCGUCCGUCAAUGCGGCGUACUAUUUCUCCAUCCUGGCAUUCAAUCUUGCCUACCUCUUCGAUAAUACUAAAUACUCCUCUCCUUUCCUUUGGCUGAUUGGCACGCGCAUUCGCCGCCUCGGAGCCGCCGAUCAUCGUGCUAUCGCCGCUGUGCUGGACCCCAAGCCUGCACCUGGUGGUAACCGUUCUCAGCGACCUGGCUCAGGAUUGAUGGGUCUGUUGAGCCCGCAGAACAUGUACCCACAACUACUUACAUCUCUGCGCUACUUCCUCCCGGCAUCGAUCUUCGCGUUGAAGUUCUUGGAGUGGUGGCAUGCUAGUGACUUCUCGCGUCAAUUGGCUCGCAAGGCGACCGAGGUGUUGGACUUGCCAGCUCCAGUGGUUUCAGGGUUGACCAACCCCGCGGAACGACGCAAGUCAGGGCAAGAGGAGAAGGAGAAGAAGGCUUCUGGAGACUUGAAGUCUGCAUUGAAAUCGCCUCGCCGCCACCAACCACCUAUUUCCGCAACCUCAUAUCUUCCCAUUUUCACCGUGCCUCUACCGCCGGCGGAUACCUCUAGUGCAAACACCUGCCCUGUCUGUUUGAACACGCUCGUCAACCCAACAGCAUGCCAGACGGGAUACGUGUUCUGCUACGUGUGUAUUUUCCACUGGCUUAAUGGCGAACACCAGAGACAACUGGACUUUAUGAAUGGGGAAGGUGCAGGCGCUGCUUGGGAAGAGGAGAUUACGGGAGAUGAUGAGACGACGAAGAAAUCGUCGGAUGACCAUGAAUCUGAUGACAAGACCUCUCGCAAGCGCGGCGGAAAGUGGGAGAGUGGUAAAGGCAGAUGCCCAGUUACGGGGAGGAGAGUUCUCGGUGGAACCGAUGGUCUCCGGAGGGUGUUGAUUUGA